CAGCAAACCCGGCCAUUGACUUCUCACACUGCCUUCGCUCUCGCCUCUCGCGGUGUAUACAGUCUAUCUGCCAUCCCAGAAUCAAACACCUCCAUGGUCGCCGCCUGCCCGCCCACCACCACAGACGGAAGCAUCUGCUCCCACCAUUUGACCGCGCGGCUCCCACUCUCCGCUCCGGCGGGGUCGACUCUCGCCGUCUCGCGGUCCCCGCUGCGGCUUUUGCUGAUCUCGCCGGCGGCUGAGCUGGCCUGGCUUGCUAUGAACAGGUAUUAGCUUUGUCGUGCUGAAGCUUGGGGUUACAUUUGCUAUGAAUUGGGCAUUUGGCAGAUAAUUCAUCAAACUUCCAACAGAUGGUGAGUGUCUUAGCAGGGGUGAUGACAUCUGUCAUCAGCAAGCUCACUGCCCUGCUUGGGGAGGAGUACGCAAAGCUGAAGGGUGUGCACAGGGAGGUGGAGUUCAUGAAAGAUGAGCUGAGCAGCAUGAAUGCACUCCUUCAAAGGCUUGCAGACGUAGACUGCGAUCUUGAUGUGCAGACGAAGGAAUGGAGUAGCCAAGUCAGGGAGAUGUCUUAUGACAUCGAGGAUUGCAUUGACGACUUUAUGAAAAGCCUAGGCCAAACUGAGAUGGCCAAGUCUGCAGGGCUUGUCCAAAGUGUGGUCCAGCAGCUCAAGGCACUGAGGGUGCGCCAUCAAAUCUCCAGCCAAAUCCAGGGGCUUAAGGCACGUGUUGAAGAUGCAAGCAAGCGACGUAUGAGGUAUAAGCUCGAUGAGCGCACCUUCGAGCCUAGCAUCUUAAGGGCCAUCGACCCUCGUUUGCCUUCGCUCUAUGCUGAGCAGGAUGGGCUUGUUGGUAUUGACCAGCCAAGAGAUGAGCUCAUCAAGUGCCUAAUGGAGGGGGUGGGUUCAUCGGUGCAGAAGCUAAAGGUCAUAUCUAUUGCGGGUCCUGGAGGCCUCGGUAAAACUACCCUUGCGAAUGAGGUGUACCGUAAACUGGAAGGCCAGUUCCAGUGUCGAGCUUUUGUUUCUUUGUCACAGCAACCAGAUGUGAGUAAGAUCUUAAGAAAUAUAUUCUCUCAAGUCUGCCAGCAGGAGCUUCCUGGCACAGAUAUAUGGGACGAGGGGAAGCUCAUCGAUGCAAUCAGAGAAGUUUUAAAGAACAAGAGGUACUUAGUCAUCAUUGAUGAUGUAUGGAGUACCCAAGCAUGGAAGAUUAUCAAAUGUUCUUUGUUUCUGAAUGAUCUGGGAAGCAGGAUAAUGACAACAACACGUAGUAUUGAUAUAGCCAAGUCAUGUUGCUCUCCUCACCAGGGUUGUGUCUAUGAAAUAAAGCCUCUUACAACAGCUAACUCUAAGAGUUUAUUUGCUAAGAGAAUAUUUGGUUCAGGAGAUAUAUGUCCUCAGUUGGAAGAAAUUUCCUCGGAAAUACUGAAAAAAUGUGCUGGUUCACCAUUAGCGAUUCUUACAAUAGCAAGCUUAUUGGCUAAUAAAGAUGUCACAAAUGAAGAAUGGGAGCGGGUGUAUAAAUCGAUCGGUUCGACAAUGGAAAGGGACCCCGGUGUAGAAGAAAUGAGAAGGAUAUUAUCUCUUAGCUAUGAUGAUCUUCCCUACCAUUUGAAGACAUGUUUACUGUAUCUAAGUAUAUUUCCGGAGGAUUAUGAGAUUGAGAGGGAUCGGUUGAUAAGGAGGUGGAUUGUUGAAGGAUUUAUUUGUACUGAUGGAGGACAAGAUUUGGAGGAAAUAGGAGCGUGUUAUUUUAAUGAUCUUAUCAAUAGGAGUAUGCUUCAGCCAGUGAAAAUCCAAUAUGACGGUCGAGUCGAUUCAUGCCGAGUCCAUGAUAUGAUUCUUGAUCUCCUUAAAUCUAAGUCAAUUGAAGCAAACUUUGCCACAUUCUUUGGUGACCAAAAUCAGAAAUUAGUGCUUCAACAUAAGAUCCGUAGGCUAUCUCUCAAUUAUUAUUCCCAAGAGCACAUCAUGUUUCCAUCAUCAGCAAUCAUUUCUCAUUGUCGAUCGCUCAGUAUUGUCGGGUAUGCUGAAAAGAUGCAUUCUCUUUCGAAGUUUCGAGUUUUGCGAGUACUUGAUGUUGAAAAUGGUGAGGAUAUGGAGAGUAAUUGUUUUGAACACUUAUGGAAGCUUUUUCAUUUGCAGUAUUUGCGACUCAACGUUAGAAGCAUUUCCUCACUCCCUGAACAAUUAGGAGAACUACAGCGUUUGAAGACUCUGGAUAUGGGAUGGACAAAGAUAAGAAAAAUACCCAAAAGCAUUGUUCAGAUGGAACAUUUGACAUGUUUGCGUGUCCGUAAUCUGGAAUUACCGGAAGGAAUUGGGAAUCUGCACGCUCUGCAGGAGCUAUCAGAUAUCAAAGUAAACCGGGACAGCCUGGCAUCUUCUUUGCUGGAGCUGGGCAGCCUGAGUAAACUGCGGAUUCUUGGGCUAUGCUGGUGCCUUGUCGAUGUGGACAGUAAUAAAGAAACUCUUGCAGAUAACUUGGUCUCGUCGCUCCGCAGACUGGGAAGACUCAACCUUCGAUCUCUGAAUAUUCAGAGUAACUAUCGAUACCCGCGUAUAGAUUUCUUGCUGGAUUCUUGGUUCCCUUCCCCUCAUCUCCUCCAGAUGUUUCAGAUGGGCAUGUUCUACUUCUUCCCCAGAGUGCCAGCGUGGGUUGCAUCGCUUGAUAAUCUCACCUACCUGGAUAUCAAUAUCAAUCCAGUACAGGAGGAAGCACUGGAGAUCCUUGGAGGCUUACCUGCUUUGCUGGUUGUAUGGCUGACAUCAAGAUCAGCUGCUCCCGAGCAAAGGCUCGUCGUAAGCAGCAACAUGUUCAUAAGCCUGAAGGAGUUCUACUUCACCUGCUGGAGCAAUGGGGCAGGCCUGAUGUUUGAAGCUGGGGCCAUGCCAAGGCUCGAGAAGCUGCGUGUUCCAUUUGAUGCAGGCAGUGGUCUUGAUUUUGGCAUCCAACACCUCUCAUCCCUCAGGAAUCUUUCCGUUGAGAUCAUUUGCAUGGGUGCAACGGUUCGGGAGGUGGAGGCAUUAGAGGAGGCCAUCAGGAACACGGCGGAUCUCCUCCCAAACUGCCCCACACUGGAAAUCCGAACGUGGGAUGAUGAACAUCUGAUGAAGGAGGAGCAAGGCAAGGCUGAAGAGGAGAUCCAGACAAGCGGCUGAAAGCCAGUCUGCAGUAUAUGUAAGUGUACACAACGAACAACUCAUUAUACUCCCUCCUUGCAAAAAUGUAGGGCAUAUAAGUUUUUUGAGAAAUCAAACAGUUUAAAGUUUGACAAAGUAUGUAGAGGAAAAUAUCAACAUCUAGAAUACCAAAUCAAUACCAUUACUCUGUGUUCGUUGUUUGUUUGAGAGUAGCUUAUCAUGUGUACCACGUGAUACCAUUAAUGUAUAUUUUCAUAUGGUAUACAUUUGGUAUUGUAGACAUAGACAAUUUUCUCAAUCAAUUUGGUCAAAAUUUACAUCGAUUAGCUUUUAAAAGAUUGUAUAUGCACUAUAUGGCAAGGAGGAAGUACAAUUUUCAAGUUA